CCCAGCUGAGUCUCAGAGAGGGAGGUCCUCUGCUAUUGGCUGAGCCUGUAUAGGGGGCGUGGCCUCCUCCGGUGGGGGGUGGUGCUGCUGCAGUGAGCCUCAUUCUUCUGGAGGAGCUGAGCAGAGAGAGACUGUUCUUCCUCCUCACCGUGCACAUAGACCGGCUCAUGCACGAACAGCAGACUCACUGACAGCCAGCAGCACCGACCUCUCUCCUCCUCCGUCCCCGGGUUAGGGUGCACCGUCCUGGGGCUGAACUCUGCGCAGAGCAGCCUCUUCUCUCUGGAGCUCUGGAGCUCUGCAGCCUCGCAGCACAGUCUCUCUGCUGCUGCUCCACCACCUGGCUCUCUCUCUGGCUCUCUGGCUCUCUCUGCAUGUGUGAGGACAGUUGUUAAUCUCUCACACCUUCUGGAGCCUUUUCCCUGUUUCUGGGUGGAUUUGUGAAUGAUUUACCCCCCUCCUGGAUUAAGACAUGGAGUGAUUCAACUACAGUGGAACUAACAACCUUCAACUACAGACACAGGCUGGAUUUUCUCCGGAGGUUCCCGUUGGAGUCGUCGACUUCGACUGAGCAGCUUCUCCGUCACGGUUCCCCCUCGCUGGGAGUUACAUCUGCCAAUCUGAUGAAAGGAUGCUGCAGGGACCUGACGAGGGACUGAGCCCGACCUGAAUCCCCUUCCCCCCCUCCUCUCCUCUCCCCGACCCCUGACUCCCAACCCCCCCGACUCCUUAGAGCCCUCAGCGCCGCCAUCCCAUCAUGAACCUGCUGUGCCGCGGGCGCCUGAAGCUGCUGGUGGCGUCUCUCACGGCCGUCGUCCUGCUCACCUGGCUCUACCUGCUGGCCGGGAACCUGGAGAAUGGUCGCUCCCUCCUCCUGUCUCCCUGUCUGGCCGACACGCCGGCGGCCCAGGUCCUGGAGCGAGCCGUCCUGGAGUCGCGGGUCCGAGAGGUGGAGGAAGAGAACCGGCAGAUCCGGCUGCAGCUCAGCCAGUCGCAGGGCACCGCCGGCCACCCGGCGGACGGUAACUACGCCAACCAGCAGUGGGGAGCCUCCGCGGACACGGGGCCGGAGGACGGGGACAACACGGCGGAGGAGAAGAACAACAACCACACGGAGUGUCCUCGAUCGCCCACCGUCCAGAAGUGUGAGCUGAUCCACGUAGCGUGCGUUUGUGCCGGUCACAACGCCACCAGAGACGUGGUCACACUGGUCAAGUCCGUCCUCUUUCACAGGAGAAAUCCUCUCCACUUCCAUUUCAUCACCGACACAGUAGCCAAUCGUAUCCUGAGCUCUCUGUUUCAGUCCUGGAUGGUCCCGUCGGUGCAAGUCAGCUUCUACGAUGCAGACGAACUCAAGUCCGAGGUGUCGUGGAUACCCAACAAGCACUACUCAGGGAUUUACGGCUUGAUGAAGCUGACGCUAACCAAAGCUUUGCCCUCCGACCUGUCAAAGGUCAUCGUCCUGGACACGGACAUCACCUUCGCCACCGACAUCGCUGAGCUGUGGGGCAUUUUUAGGAAGUUCACCGAUAAACAGGUGAUCGGUCUGGUGGAGAACCAGAGCGACUGGUACCUGGGGAACCUGUGGAAGAACCACAAACCCUGGCCAGCGCUGGGACGAGGCUUCAACACAGGCGUCAUCCUUCUCUACUUGGAGCGACUGCGGCGAAUCGGCUGGGAGCAGAUGUGGCGGCUGACGGCCGAGAGGGAGCUGAUGAGCAUGCUCAGUACAUCGCUGGCUGAUCAGGACAUCUUCAACGCCUUCAUAAAGCAGAACCCGGUCCUGGUCCACCAGCUGCCCUGCUUCUGGAACGUCCAGCUGUCUGAUCACACUCGCUCCGAGCAGUGCUACACCGAGGUGUCCGACCUCAAGGUGAUCCACUGGAACUCUCCCAAGAAGCUCCGGGUGAAGAACAAACACGUGGAGUUCUUCAGGAACCUCUACCUGACCUUCCUGGAGUACGACGGGAACCUGCUGAGACGAGAGCUGUUCGGCUGCCCGAGUCAGGCCAGUCCAGAGAGCGUCCAGCUGCAGGCGGCUCUGGAGGAGCUGGACGAGGACGAUCAGUGUUACGACUUCCGUCGGGAGCGUCUCACCGUCCACAGGGUGCACCUCUACUUCCUGCAGUACGAGUACGCGCCCACCGAGGACGACACCGACAUCACGCUGGUGGCACAGCUCUCCAUGGACAGGCUGCAGAUGCUGGAGGCCAUCUGUAAGCACUGGGAAGGCCCCAUCAGCCUGGCGCUCUACAUGUCGGACGCCGAGGCUCAGCAGUUCCUGCGCUACGCUCAGGCCUCCGAGGUCCUCAAGAACCGCAAGAACGUGGGCUACCACAUCGUGUACAAGGAGGGCCAGUUCUACCCCGUCAACCUGGUGAGGAACGUGGCCCUGAAGAACGCCAACACGCCCUAUGUCUUCCUGACGGACGUGGACUUCCUGCCGAUGUACGGUCUCUACGAUUACCUCAGGAGGUCCGUGGUGCAGCUGGACAUGGCUCACACUAAGAAGGCUCUGGUGGUUCCAGCGUUCGAGACGCUUCGUUACCGUCUGUCCUUCCCCAAAUCCAAAGCUGAGCUGCUCUCCAUGCUGGACAUGGGGACUCUCUACACCUUCAGGUAUCAUGUGUGGCCUAAAGGUCACGCUCCUACCAACUAUGCCAAAUGGCGAACAGCCACCACACCUUACAAGGUGGAGUGGGAGCCGGACUUUGAGCCGUACGUGGUGGUGAGACGAGACUGUCCGGAGUACGACCAGCGCUUCGUGGGCUUCGGCUGGAACAAGGUGUCUCAUAUCCUGGAGCUGGAUGCACAGGAGUACGACCUGAUGGUCCUCCCCAACGCCUUCAUGAUCCACAUGCCCCACGCUCCCAGCUUCGACAUCUCCAAGUUCCGCUCCAGCUCCAGCUACCGCAACUGCCUGAACACCCUGAAGGAGGAGUUCCACCAGGACCUGUCCAGGAAGUACGGCUCGGCCGCUCUCAAGUACCUCACCGCCCAGAGGAACAUCUAAAAGACCGGGACUGCCGAGAGCCGAGCGAGUCCGUCGGAGCCUCCGAGCUCCUGAGAAGCUGGGACACGUACUGCCGCGGCACCGCGCCGCGGGGCCACAUCGCCGCAGGGCGCACACAAACACAGUAAAAGCUUUACAGCCCCCUUUUGAACAUUCUCGGGCUCCUGUGCAUUAAUUCUCCAGUCGACUCCACCUCGAGGUGACGAAGAGGACGAGACGCAGGGGACGACCAACCGGACAGAGCGGCUGCAGCGGGUUUCCUGAAACGCUGUGAGCUGCGAGGGAGCGAUGGCGAUGGAUGAGCGUGGAUACCGACGGGACUAGCUUUAAGGCCGGGAAAUAACAACCAUAUUCUUACAACUUGUUCUGACAAUCAGGGCUUUUUUUCCCAGAAGACGCACGAUGAAAACAGUCCGUCCACGUGGACGUCCGGACACGACGGGACCCGUGUCGUUUUUGGGGAAAGAUUUCAAAAAGAGAACAUUUGAAUCGAGUCGAUGAGGCCAGUCGACCUGGAGAAAGAUUCAAGCCUUAUCACUCUCCAUCGUAUUUACUGAGGUAUUUCAUUUCUCUUUUUCUUUAUUUGUUCCAGUGUAAAUCAGAACCAAUGAAUAAUCGGCAUUUACAAUGUUUUGAUUACGACUUUACAUACGUUUAUUUUUACUUUCUAUAUUUUCUGACCUCUUUAAAAAAAGAAAAUCCAUCUCGUCCCCGAGCCAAUAAUUUCAGAUUUUCUGUGAGCUUCAGGGAUGUGCUUCGUGUGUGUGUGUGUGUGUGUGUGUGUGUGUGUGUGUGUGUGUGUGUGAGAGAGAGUGCGUGUGAUCCAGCUGCAUCAUAUGGCUCGUCUUCAACACGCUUUACUGAUUGUCGUCGAUGUCAUUCUCGCUCUUGUCUUGAUCAUAUAUUUGCCUGCAUGUAAAGAGUUGCACAUAAGAACAUAGUCAUAAUUCAGGUUUUUGUUUUUUCCAUCAUUCAUCCCUCCGAAAGAAACAAAAACUAUUAAUGAUAACCGAUAUAUCGUUAUUACUGAUCGGGACCAACUCUGACACCGUGACAGUGAGUUGUUAUUAACGAAGCUAUUCGCUCUGAAAUCAAACUGCUACGAACGACGGACGAAGAGCAGGAGCUUUCUGUUUUUACUUUCUUUUUGUGUUUGUCUCAUUACGUUUUAAUUACGUCUAUAAUGAGUCUAUAAUGAGUCUGAUUCACUGGAUAGAUAUAUAUAUAUAUAUAUAUAUAU